CAAAUUGUCAAAAAACCCUACUGAGUUUCUUGUUGGAUCAACAAAGAGUUAACAGCUGUUUUGUUUCAUUAUAGUCUUGGGUUCCUAAAAUAAUUGAGAAUUUAAGGUAGUUUUACGUUUAUCUAGGUCAUGUUAGUUGUUAGUGGUAGAGUAGUUAAAAAUGAAACAACGGACGCGCCUCAUGCACGGAGAUGAGUUUACCGGAUAUAACAUGAGUGUGAAGAAGGACGACGGGCAAGAUAAUUCUGAGAUUCCCCUACACAAGAUGAAGUCGCAAGAUCAUUUUAUUGAGGCACAGGUUCAAGAUGGUGACACGUUACAAGCUAUUGCGUUACGAUUCCAUUGUUCUAUCGCAGAAUUGAAGAGAAUCAACCACAUUCAUAAAGAUAAUGAGAUAUUUGCAAGAAGGACGGUUAAGGUUCCAGUUACGCCCUAUUCAGUACUCACAGAAAUUAUGUCACCACCUUUGGAUGCUGUACCUUCCACAUCUAAAGCUAUGCCAGGAGCACAGUCAGUAAUAAAUAAUCACAAUGAGCUUCUUCCGCCUGGUAGUCAAAAUAUAGAUAAAGAAAUAAAUGGUAACACAGAUUUUGCUAUAGAUUGCAAUGCCAUAGUAAUGAAUAGUACUCUAGCUCCAGCAGUCAUCCCUUAUACAGAUGCAGAGCCCACUGAACCCAUCACAGAGGACACCCAAUUGUUGCCAAAUAAACUGCGUGAAACGGUAGAAACAGUGGUUGUGAAAGAACUGACAUCACAUGGUGCAGAUUUUGGUUUGAAAUGGUAUCACCUACUUUGCUGUGUGCUGAUAUUAGGAGUUGUGAUACCAUUAGUAUAUGUAUUAUUUUAUUUAGAUAAGCAUGAAAUUGUGGAAAUUGUGGAAUCAAGUACAAAAGCUGUGCUAACAAACACAAGUGAUGAUGACCUGCCACCUGGACAUAGUCAAUGACCAUCAUGUUUUGUAUACUUGAUAUGAUCAAAAGCUUUAAGUUUUGGUGGUAUUUUAGCAAUUUUAUAACAUUGCCGUAUUUUAAGACAAAACUGAAUUCAUGUGAUUCUUGAAAUAAACAUCAUUUUCUAUUCUAA